AUGUUCGGUCUACUGUUAGUUACUGUUUUUUUGGCAACUCCGAUCACUGCUGACAGGUUCAGCAACAGCCAAAAACAGGCCAUCCUAGAUGCCCAUAACAACCUUCGGAGAACCUUGGCCAGAGGAGAAGCUCAAGCAAAGAAUGGCGCCAUGGCCAAGGGAGCUAAUAUUCGAGAAAUUGUAGGAAUUUCUGGAAUGUUUUCCUUUGUAUCAUAAUAGCGUUUUAAAUUUCUAAUCCGAAAAAACAUUCUUGCAGACCUGGGACGCUGACCUUGAAUCCAAAGCCGACGAAUGGGCUCAGGCCUGCAAUUUUGAGCACCCAACUAAUGUCGGAUAUGGCCAGAAUUUGGCCGCUCAAAUGCCUCAUGUUGGUGCGGAUAGCGCUGCCACCGGCUCUCCUCAAACGUGGUGGAAUGAGAUCAAUCGUUAUUCUGGGGACGCCAAGUUUGAAUGGAGCACACGCACCGGACAUUUCACUCAGGUAGCGCAGUUUAUGCGGUAGACGCGAGAAAAGGUUUCGGAAAUCGGGACAAAGCCUUUCAUGAACAAACAAGGGCUAAACAUAAGGUUUUCUACAUCUCACGUUGCAAAGGAAAAGAAAAUUUCUGUGUUUCUUAACUCUUUAGGAUGAAAAGCUGGCCACUGUUUUUCUACCAUAAUUUCCUUUAUAGAUGGCAUGGGCCGAAACCAACAAGAUUGGCUGUGCCGUUCAGAACUGCACCAACGGCGACACGCAGGGAUUCGAAGAAUGGAAGGACUGGACUUUUACAGUCUGCAACUACAUGAACCCUGGAAAUGUGAUGGAGGCUGACCUUUACAUUACUGGAGAACCCUGCUCAAAAUGCCAAGGAUCUUGCAGUGACAGUCUGUGUAGCGCCUGA